AAUGAGCCAGCUCUGGCUUCCUCCUCUUCUCAGUCAAUUCUCUCCCCUCCCUGCCUGCCUCCUGCUCUGGCCUUUUCUUCUUCCUCCUGCCAUGCCCCCUCCCUGGCUCUCUUCACCUAUAGUGGCCUUGAUUCCGGAGGUCUUGACUUCCAAGGGGGCUUUUAUCUCAGAGGGGGCACAUGCUGGCAGUCUUUGGCCCUGCCCGCCCUUCAGAUACCCCCAGAACCCGCUGGUCUCUUCCUUCUUCCUCUUAGCUAAUAUGCAGCCUUUCAUGGGAGUAUUACCAGGUCCCCCUUGUAAUGGUUUGGAGAGAGAGAGAGAGAGAGAGAGAGAGAGAGAGAGAGAGAGAGAGAGAGAGAGAGAGAGAGACUUUAAAUGCUUGGUGUCGUACAGAUGAAGACUUGGGGUGAAAGAGACGGAUGAGUGAGUGAGAUGAUUGGCUGCAGGCUUUAAGCCCUUUCCCCAUGUCAAAAUAGCAGGAGGGAGGUUUUUCCCCGUUUUCCCAUGGAGUAUUCCGUGUACUUGGAGCAGUAAAAAAGGGGGAAAAUAUUCCCCCAUGCUAUUGUGACAUGGGGAAAUGGCUUGAGGGUGGAGGGAGGAGUACCUUCUCCCCCAUGAAGGCAUUCUGAGGCCAUUUGGGUUCUCUUAUUUUUAACAGCCAUUUACUUUUUAACUGCUGUAUGGCUGCAGAAACCUGAGGUGGGUCUGGGGAACAGAUCAUGCAAUAUAGAUUUUAUUAGGAUCAACUCAAGGACACCGUGUUGCAAGCUUUUGAUUUCCCCAGAACCCUUCAUCAAGCCGAAUGUUGUGAAAUUUUCAAAAAAGAAAAACAGAUUUUUUUCAGGUCAUGGUUUUAAGGCCUUUUCAUGCCAAGUGGGACUUCUGGCUGGCAAAAAAAAAGAUAUCAAGGGCCAUAAUAGCAAGAGGCAGUAAAACCAGAGCAACCACCCCCCUGCUCACCGUCUCAACUCUCCCCUUAACCUGUAAGACUCCAAAUCACUUGAAAGUCUCAGGAGAUAUAUUUAUGAUGUCUUGAAGGACAGCCAAUUAGGUAGUCAUCACUGCAAGUUGCAUUUUCAUGUUCACACAUUCUUGCUACUUCCAUUCGUCUGCAGAAGUUACGUCCUUCUCUUGAUCAGCUGAGUUCAGGCAUUAUACAAGUAGAGAAGUUGCUUACAGUCCUGUUGGCCUGAAAGUUACUGGUUAAGAGGGAGGUUAAAGAUGUUGGGUGGGGGAAUUGUUGUAAUAGAGUUUAAUCAUUUUAUUGCCUUUUGCUCUUAUGGAUGGACCCUAAGAGAAAGUAUUAUAUGGAACCUAAUUGACCUUAUUCCCCUAACCUGGAUAGCCCAGGUGAGCCUGAUCUCAGAUCUCAGAAGCUAAGCAGGGUUCGCCCUGGUGAAGAAAUUGGAUGGGAGACUUCCAAUGAAGCAGCAGGAAAGGGGGCAUUUUACCCCUGCAGGCUUGGAGCAGCUGCUUGUCGGGGAGAUCCCUGUCAAGCAACUGAUCCAGGGGUUAAAAUGCCCCCUUCUGAGCCACUGCACAACAGCACAGAAAGGGGCAUUUCACUCCUGCAGGCUGGACUCAGCUGCUUGUUCGGGAAUCCCCAACAAGCAGCUGAUUGAGGGUUUAAAUGCCCAUUUCCAUGAUGCUGGGGCCGUUUCGGAAAUCCCGAAUCUUUGCAAAUCGGGUCUGAUUUUGAUAUUUUCCCCAAAUUGAAAACCUGAAUCACACACCCCUAAUCAUUACUUUUGUCUUCUUGAUAUUCAGCUGUAAUUCUGCUUUAUCGCUUUCUCCUUUAACCUCCAUCAGUAGUCAUUUCAAGUCUUUGCUAUUUUCUGCCAGUAAUGUGGUGUCAUCUGCAUAUCUCAAAUUGUUAAUGUUCCUUCCACCAAUGUUCACUCCACUUUCUUCUUGAUCUAAUCCAGCUUUCCUCAUGAUAGGUUCUGCAUAGAAGUUGAAAAAGUAGAAAGAUAAUAUGCAUCCUUGUCUGACACCUUUGCCGAUUGAAAAAUAUUCUGUUUCCCCAUAUUCUGUCCUGACAGUAGCCUCUUGUCCAGAGUACAGGUUGUGUACUCAAGGUGAGUGUAGUGCAGGAAUUUUGUAAUUGUUAUGUUGUUUAAAAAGAGGAUCCCGAGAACGCACUUUAAACUCUAUCCACUGUAAGCCAGAUAGUGAAACAUUACCCCAGAAUAGGUUGAAGCCAGUUCUUAUGAGACAGGCAAAUAAGAGGGAAUGAAGCCAAUUCUAGGGAAAGCCCUUGGUUGGACAAUGCGACCCAAAAGGGCUGAGGAAAACCCAUAUAACCCAGCCUGGGAAAGCCUCUGGGAAGCAUUCGGCAACUGUCCCAUCAUGGAGGCGGCCUUCAGUGACAAAGCAUUUUAUGCUCAGCAUUUUGACCCCAAAGAGUAUUUGGAAAGGUAUUACUCAUUCAGCUCCGAGAAAGAAGCAGAAAAGGCCUUAAUAACCUUUACUCUGAACACGCUGCACAAGGCUUUCACUGUGGGUGGCAUUAAAGGAGACACCCUGAUUGAUAUUGGAAGUGGACCCGUCAUCUACCAGUACCUCUCUGCCUGCGAGUCCUUCCGAGAGAUCAUCGUCACAGAUUAUACUGACCAGAACCGGGAGGAGCUGCAGCGGUGGCUGAGGAAGGAGCCGGGAGCUUUCGACUGGAGCUCUAUUGUGAAAUACGUCUGCGAGCUGGAAGAGGACAGGGAAAAGUGGGCCCAGAAGGAAGAGAAGGUCCGCUGCAGCAUCAAGCAGGUCCUGAAGUGUGAUGUGACCCAGCCCAACCCCUUGGCCCCGCUGUCUCUUCCUCCAGCUGACUGUCUGCUCUCCACCUAUUGCUUGGAAUUGGCUUCCAAAGACCUGCCUGCCUUCCGCUCGGCCUUGAAGAAUAUCGGUUCUCUUCUAAAGCCCGGAGGGCACCUGAUCUUAGCUACUGCACUAGAACUCACCUUUUACAUGAUAGGCCAGUGCCAGUUUGGUUGCCUCUAUUUGGAUCAAGAGGAUUUAGAGAAAGCCGUGAAAGAGGCUGGUUUUGAUAUUGAGUGGCUGGAGGCAGCCAGGCUCAGUUUUCCUUUGUCUUUAAUAGAUAUGAAGGGGGCAUGCACGAUCGUUGCCGUGAAACGUUGAUGCAAGUUGAGCGGAAGUUUGGGAUGUGGUGAAAAGCAGGGGAAAUUAUGGUUUUAAUUUUUAUUAUUAUUGUUACACGAUACUCGCCACUACAUGUGGUAAGAAAUUCCUGCUGGCUCUUCCUUUUAGAUGAGAUUGAAGACUGGAGGUUUAUAGUGCCUUGAUCAACAAUAUAUCAUAAAAUAAAUAUAAAAUUAUUGUAUAUUUAAAAGCAUUAAGUGAUAUAACAAUACAUCAUAAAAUAAAUAUAAAAUUAUCAUAUA